CUGGAGCCUUGGAGCAGGAGAAGUCCAUUGUUUGAGCUGAAGCUGGGGGGGCCUGCAGGAAGCCCCUGGCCAUGCCCUGUGUCCCACUUCCUGCAGAGCUAGAGCAGUCACAGCAUGGACCCCGGCAGGAUGAAGGUGCUCACGGUGGUCCUGCUAGUCCUGCUGCUGUUGGGACUCCCAGUUCCCCUGCACAUAGUGGAGCUCCACCGCCUAAGGAGAGAGCAAGUGCUGGACUUGACAGAGGAUGAGGAUGAUGUGGACCCUGGGCUGGAAGGCUAUGAUGAUGAUGACGAAAGUGAGGAGGAAGAGGCUGCCAGCAGCAGAGCACUGCUGCAGUGUUACUCGUGCCAGUCUUUGCACCGCCAGGAGGGCUGCAGUCUGCAGCAGAACUGCAGCUCCCGGCAAGCCUUCUGCAAAGCCCUCAUCUCCCACAGUGAGACAGGGUCAGGGCCCCUGACUACCUACUCUGCCUGGUGUUCUGACACCUGCCAGCCGGUCACCAGGACAGUGGAGAGGACCCUGAUGACUAUCAUCUGCUGCCAGUCCACCCUCUGCAACACCCCUCCCUGGCAGGACCCACCGGGCAUCUCCUGUUUGGCCUCUGGUUCCUGGGAUCCUGAAGACACCACUCUUCCUCACCCCUGCCUUGCACCCUGGCCCACAGCUCUGGUCCCUCUGUCCCUUCUGCCCUGCCCCACUAGCUGUGGGGGAUACACUCAGCCUGUUGUAAAGAUGCUAGGUGCAGGCUAGGGAGGAGCAUAAUGGUUAUGCAAAAGACUUUAAUACCUGAGGCUUUGAGUUCCCAGGUUCAAUUCCCAGCACCACUAUAAGCCAGAGCUGAACAGUGCUCUGGUCUCUCUCUCUGUAUCUUCCUCUUUGUAGCUCUCUUAUUAAAAAAUGAAAUAAAGCGUGGGUGGGGGGUGAGAGUACAGGUCCAAAAAGGGUGACAGAGGACCUAGUGGGGGUUGUAUUGUUAUGUGGAAAACUGGGAAAUGUUACGCAUGUAUAAACUAUUGUAUUUACUGUCGAAUGUAAAACAUUAAUCCCCCAAUAAAGAAAUGAAAAAAAAUAAAGUAAAAUCAUAAAUAAAAUAAAAUAUAAAUUAAAAAA